AUGUCCGACACAGCGAAUCUUAAACGUCGAAACCCGGGGAAAAGUUCCGAAUUCUCUACAGACAACGAAAUUUCCAAAGAUUAUGAUAAUGAAAAGUCUCACAGAUCUAACAUUCACGUUCAUAGAGUGUUGCCCUGUAUUCCGGCAAACAUACUUCUUGUAACAUUUCUUGCUGGUUUACUUUUCCUUGCAUAUUUCUUUCAUUACACACUUCCAACGCCUGUCAAUGAGAGCUAUGGACCAAACGGAGAAGCUGUGUUUUCUGAGAAAAAUGCGCGAGAGGUUGUUAGAGUGCUUUCGGAGGACAUAGGGUAUCGCAUAGUUGGCACAAGAGAAGAGAAGCAGAGUAUGGAUUAUCUUCUGGAAUUAAUUGAAGAGUAUCGUCAACAAUCUCGAGCUAAUCCAAAUGCACUUGAAUUUGAUGUCGAUGUUCAAAUCGGAACUGGUUCUCAUAGAUUUGACAUGAUGAGCAAAGUGGUCAUGAAGCAUUACGUUAACGUGACUAAUAUAGUCGUGCGUCUUUCAUGUGGUCCCGAAUGUAAUAAGAAUGCGAUACUGCUGAACUCACACUUUGAUUCUACUUUGUCUAGUCCAGGCGCUGCCGAUGACGGCGUGGGGGUUGCGGUUAUGUUGGAGGUGAUCCGCGUGAUGAGUCAAAGCCAGAUAAAAAGAAAACACGGGUUUGCACCUGGCGAUCUUUAUACUUCAAAGUUGAGACGAAGAUAUCGACUAACACAAGGUCCUGAGAAUUUACAAUUAUUAUACUAUGGCAAACUGGACGAAG